AAACGUAUUUUAGUGCAAUUCAAGAGCGAAACUGGCGAAUUAGUCGGUUCUCCCCUAGACGUCCCGAUCGAAGUAGAUGUCAAACGCCUUCAAUUGAUUUGUAAUGCUGUUAUAAAUGAGGAUGAUUCAACACCUUACGCUUUUUAUCUCAAUAAUGAAGAAAUAUUGGAUGACCUGCAAACUACUAUCACUGCAAAAAAUGUUGAUACAGAAAGUAUUAUAGAGAUAGUUUACCAACCUCAGGCCGUAUUUCGGGUUAAGUCAGUUACACGAUGUAGUAGUACUUUACCAGGUCAUACCGAAGCUGUAAUAUCUGUUGCCUACAGUCCUGAUGGCAGCUACCUUGCAAGUGGAUCUGGUGAUACUACGGUUAGAUUUUGGGACAUCAAUACCGAAACUCCAGAUUAUACUUGCAAAGGUCAUAAACAUUGGAUACUAUCUAUUGCUUGGUCACCAGAUGGAGAAAAGUUAGCUUCAGGAUGUAAGAAAGGAGAGAUUUGCCUAUGGGAUCCCAAAACCGGAAAACAGAUUGGGCACGUUUUAGUAGGACACAAACAGUGGAUUACUUACUUAAGCUGGGAACCUAUGCACAAAGAUUCCGACUGCCGCUUUUUAGCAAGUUCUUCGAAGGCUAGUUAUUCAUAUGGCAUUAUAGAGUUUAAAUCAGAUGCUUCUGUACGAGUAUGGGAUACCGUAACUGGUAUAACGAAAUAUGUACUUUCUGGACAUCUACAAUGUGUCACUUGUGUGAAAUGGGGCGGUGAAGGUUUAAUAUAUACUUCUUCCCAAGACAGAACUAUAAAAGUUUGGAGGGCGAGCGAUGGAAUUUUAUGCAGAACCCUUCAAGGUCAUGGACAUUGGGUUAACACUAUGGCUUUAAAUACGGACUACGCCAUGCGUAUUGGUGCAUAUGAUCCGGCUAAGGGAGAGAAAUUAUUAGUAGGAGGAAAGAAAAAUCGUCAAGAAAAAUCCCUUCAAAAAUAUAACUUAGCUCUCAAACUAACGGGGAAAGAACUUAUGGUUUCUGGAUCUGACGAUUACACUUUGUUUUUAUGGCAUCCUGCUAAAGAAAAAACGCCGAUAGCUCGCAUGACGGGUCAUCAACAACUUGUAAAUAUGGUAUGCUUUUCGCCGGACACGCGGUUAAUUGCCAGCGCUUCCUUUGAUAAAUCGGUUAAACUAUGGGAUGGCAUCACUGGAAGAUUCAUUACAUCUUUACGUGGCCAUGUAAAGUCAGUGUAUCAGGUGUCUUGGUCAGCUGACAGUCGGCUGUUUUUGAGUAGCAGUGCAGACAGCACAUUAAAAGUAUGGGAUGUGAAGAGUAAGAAGUUACACAUGGAUUUACCGGGUCAUGCUGAUGAGGUUUAUGCUAUUGAUUGGAGCCCUGAUGGAGAAAAAGUUGCAAGUGGAGGAAAAGAUAGAGUUCUGAAAUUGUAUGCUUAUAGAUUUUUGUGA